ACAGCAGGGAUUAUGGACCCGUUCCCCUUGGGAUGAUUCGUGGGCGGGUGAUUGCCAGAAUUUUACCGUUCGCCGAACGCAAAUGGCUGCCAAACGGGCUUAGAGCUGUGGAGACAUGAACGAGAUAGGAAGAUAUAAAAGAGGAAGAUUCUACUCCCGCAAAAGCCCUCCUCUUAUUCAAGCAUCAAAGACAGCGAAGCAAGAUGUAUACCGUGACGAAGACUAUUUGGUCUUCUUGUCUCUUCUCCUUGAUUUUCGUUGGAGUGUUUACACAUCUUGUUUCCGUCUACGCUUGGGAUGAAGUUGCCGAGCCCAAUCUCCAAAAGAGAAUGAUGAAUGAAGAUCAAUGGCACGGUUUAGACUCUUCAACGACGUAUUCAGCAGCUGGAGGGUCCAAGGAUCCCGUUCAAGAUGUACCGCGAAAACCUGUGCAUGGAGAAGACAGUAAAACGAAAUACCGAAUAGAUCCUACUCAGUGGACGGAUCCGGAGCCCAGAUCCGGUCAGAAAAGACUCUCACGCUCACCAUCACUGGACGGAAAGCAAAUCGUUCAUUCGCCAUCAAAGCGCAAAAGUCCUGAAAUUACAGAAGCACCUUCAGCUCAUACACCUUCGGCUCCUAACGGAGAAAGUCAUGCUGAAGGAGGUCGUAAGCCUGGAGUGAUUUAUUUGAAGCCAGAGCAUAAGACAAUGGUACUUUCACAAGAACUAAAAGAUGCAAAUGCAAAGUUCAAGAAAACGUAUAAAAGCUUGAAUUCGAAAUGGAGGGAUAAAAAGCUAACAUUAAGACAAAAAAUAAUGAAAAAAGCAACACCAGAGCAAACUCCUCGUUUCUCUUCGAUUCCUGGCUAUCAUGAAAGAUUAGACAAAUAUCCUGAGGCUAAAGUAACGCUCAGUCCGGACUUUCAGAAGGCAAACCGUAAAUUCGAAAAGACGUACGAUAAAAGCAAUAAAGGGCGAAAGAUUAAGAAGUCCAACGCUCAAGCUCGUGAUCGACUCAAUUCUAUUCACGAAAAUAUAAUUUAUGGUCAAGGUCGUGGUGAAGGUGUUCUGAAAAAGGACGUGGCAAAUGGAGAACAAGCACGCUUGUUGAGAUCAUCAUCCGGCUAUUCUUCUGGUCGAAGUUUACCUUAUACUCCCAGACGUGGACAUGAAGACGAAUAUAGUCUUUUGAGAUCGACAUCAGGUGUUGCAGGCCGUCAUUCUCAUUUAGCAUCUCCUUCAACUCGACCGCACGGGAAAAGCGCUAUGGAAAUUGAUCAUUCUCCGGAUCACGACAUCAAAUCUGGAGCGAAAAGUAGACGAACAACUUUUCAUUGAUGCGGCAAAGACUCUCAAAAUGCUACAAAGAUUAAAUAUCGAACGCUAUCAAUU